CCUCGCAGAUUGAUUCCCAGCCUCGGUAAGAGCGCUACAAGAGGAGGAUUUGUAGGGGAAGGGCUGGCUUGGAAACCGGGGCCGGCUUGGUUUUUUACCUUUAGCCCUCUGUGUGUGUCAGGCUACUUGAAGGUUCUCUCACCCAGAGCUGUGGAGGGAACUGUCCCAGAACUGAAGACGACUGUGCCCUCUACUGAAGGAUUGAGUGAUGCUCAUGAAGUCUUGGUGCUUUCUCUGGUUGUUGGAAUGCCAGGUAGUUCUGGCCCAGAGUGUCUGUGGGGGGAAAAGAAAUGGAGCUAGGAGACCAAAGGCUAAACAAGUUUUAUCAAAUAAUGUUGAAAAAUUCCCUGGUUUCAGUAACAAAGAUAAAGACUGUAUCCUAGAAAUGGCCUUUUUGCUGGAUAGUUCUGAAGAUGUGAGCAAUUAUUAUCAUGAGCAACAAAAAAAAUUUGUAUUGGAAACAGUGAAUAAGAUGAAAGGUCUACAACUCACUUCUGGUCAUACCCUCCAAUGGAAAAUGUCCUUACUGCAAUAUAGCAGUAGUGUCCUCAUGAAUCAGACCUUCCACAGUUGGGAGGGUCCUGAAGACUUCCAGAGCCACGUUGCAUCCAUCACACCCACUGGUCCUGGAGCCUAUGUGCUUUAUGCCAUAACUAACUUAACGUGGCUCUAUAAGACAGAAAGCAAUCCUGGCAGUGCCAAGGUUGCAGUGUUCUUUAUAGAUGGGGCAAAACAUGCAAGAAACAGAGACAUUUCUGCAGCUGCCAAGAAGGCUAAAAACCAGGGCAUUGUCUUCAUUAUUGUGGGACUGUCCAAUAUAGCUGAAGAGACGGUAAAUGCUGCCAUACUGCCUUGCCUUGCCACGGUCCCUGUCUCACAAACUGUCUUUAGUCUACAGGAGAAAGAUAUUGUGGAGAAGGUUCUUAAAAAAACAAAAGAACUGACAGAGGAAAAGUGCCUUCAAACUUCUGAAUGCUUGUGUGAGAAAGGGGAAAGAGACUUUCCCUGCCCUGAUGGCAAAAGAGGUGAUUGUGGCAUUCCAGGGAUAAAAGGUGACUGGGGAUCUCAGGGACAUCAAAUUAUUCAAGGAGAAAGAGGUCCUCAAGAAAAAGAACUCCCUCAAACAAAGAGUGAAGUUGGACCCCAACAUCUACCUUCCAGCUUUCCUGAUAUUGGGAUCAAAAGAGAGAAGGGUGAUCAAGGUUUGCCAGUAAAAAUAGCAGUAACUGGACAAAAAGGGAUUAAAGCAGUUCAUCCAAAGGAUGAAUCUCGUUCUUCGAACCCAAAAGGUCAGCCUGAUUACCCAGGACAGGUUGAAAUCCCAGGACAAAAGAGGGAUCCAAGAGUACCUGCUGUCCAAGAUACAAGUGUAAUUCCAGAUAUCAGCAUCCCAAGUGAAAAGGACAAAAUUGGAUCCAAAGAUGAUCAAGGCCUCACAAGAGAAGAUAUAAUUAAAUUAAUUAAAGAAAUAUGUGGGUGUACCAUUAAUUGUAAAGACAUACCAAUGGAGCUUGUUUUUGUGAUCAAUAGCCCUGAAAGUUUGGGACCUGAAAACCUAGAGGUCAUCAAAGACUUUGUCAUAUCUCUAGUUGACAGAGUCACUAUAGGGAGAAAUGCUACCAGGAUUGGCCUUGUGCUAUAUGGUUCAGAAGUUCAGCUCAGAUUUGGUCUGGACAGAUUCAUUGCCAAACAGGAUGUGAAGCAUUCAAUUAGGAAAAUAUCAUAUAUGGGAAAAGGCUCUUAUACUGGCACAGCCAUCCACAAAGCAACUCGAGAAGCAUUUUGGGGGGCCCGGACUGAUGUCAGAAGAGUAGCUGUUGUGAUUACAAAUGGCCAAACAGAGAAGAGUGAAGCUAUCAGAUUAGAAGCUGCUGUCAGGGAAGCUCAUGCAGCCAAUGUUGAGAUAUAUGCAGUUGGAAUUGCCAAUACUUCAGAUCCAAGACAAUAUGAAUUUGUCCGGGAAUUAAACCUGAUUGCAUCAGAUCCAGACAGGGAGCAUAUGUACCUCUCUGACAGCUUCAGUGCCCUUCCAGAUUUGGAGUUCAAGUUGGCAAACCAAUUUUGUGCUAAUGAACAUAAUGCAUUAAUUUCUGGACAAAUUAGAAAUGAUCAGAUAACUGGAAAGCCUUUUAAAUCUGCAUUGUCCAAUUCUGCAAAUAACUUACUCUACAACAGCAACAGAAAGAAUGAACAAGUGAUUUCAUCAGACAAACAGAAAGCAGAUAUAGAAGAAAACUAUUUUGGCUCUAACAAGCAUUCUCAACCAGUCACAAUGAACAAAGAAUCACUGGUAUUACUAUAUGAAAACUAUGAAGAAAAACAUGAGAAAGUAAAACAGCUACCUAAAUCUUCAGUGAAUCUGCAAGAAAAUACAUGGAAUCCACAAUGUCAAUUAAAUUUAGAUCAAGGAUCAUGCCGUAUAUAUGUUAUAAAAUGGUACUAUGAUAAGAAAGCAAAUGCUUGUGCUCGGUUUUGGUAUGGUGGCUGCAAUGGAAAUGCUAAUCGCUUUAACAGUGAAGAUGAAUGUAUAAAGGCCUGUGUGUUUUCCCACAGAGAAACCUGAAGAAUUGAAGUAGAUUCUCCAGUUCUAUAAUAGGAGAAAAAAUAUGUUUUAAUUCAAAGAACAAAAUAUUGUAUGUAUUCAACUUUUUGUUAAAUCACUUAUCACUUGAUUUUAAAUAAUACUUGUUAUUUAUUUCAUAUCACUUUAUAAUGACUUUAUACAUUUCAAUCUUUUUUUAAUUAUUAUAACUUUUUAUUGACAGAACAUAUGCAUGGGUAAUUUUUUACAACAUUAUCCCUUGAAUUCACUUCUGUUCCGACUUUUCCCUUCCCUCCCUUCACCCCCUUCCCUAGAUGGCAGGAAGUCUUAUACAUAUUAAAUAUGUUAUAGUAUAUACUAGAAACAAUAUAUGUGUACAUAACCAUGCAGUUCUCUUGUUGCACAAAAAGAAUUAGAUUCAGAAAGUAAAAAUAACCUGGGAAGAAAAAACAAAAAAUGCACACAGUUCACACUCAUUUCCCAGUGUUCCUUCUCUGGCUUUUACAUUUUAAUCUAAUUAACAGUAAAUAUCACUUAGGGAUUCAUAACAUUUAUUGAGUGAAUAUUUUGUCUUUUAAGAGAAAAAGAACAAGAUAAAUGACUGUAAUGGUUCGAUUUUUUUUCCUUGAAAGGCUUUGUUUUGUACCUAUUGACUAGAUACAAAGUUUCUACUGUCUAUAAUAAAGUUGUUUUCAAGUGAAUUCCAGUUUUACUUCAAUCUAACAAAAAAUUUUACCAAUUCCAGAUAUGUUCAAGUAAGGAAAUUAAAUUUUUUAAAAAUUUAUUCAUUUCUUAUUGCAUUAAACCACAGAAUGUUAGUAUUUUGUAUUAUUAAAUUCUUGUACAUCUGCAAUUUAUCUUCAACUAGAAAUAGUCAUAUAAAAAUAAGUUAAUAAGAAUAAUAACUUUGAUUUUAUCGAAAAUUUGCUAAUAUCUAAGCAUGUCUGCUUAGUUGUAGUUUUAGUUAAAAAAGAAAUUAGGUCAUAAUUCACAUUUCUAUUGGGUAUUAAAGUAUUUAGAGUACUUUCUUCAUUUAAUUAUUAAGUAGCAUUGCUAGCCACUAGCCUAAUCUUAUUUACUGAAAGAUGGGGUCCUCUGGCAGUUAUACACACCACCUACUAUAGAGGAAAGCACUAUGGAAGUGGUUACCUUUCUGUGGUUCUUAGAAAAUGGACCACACAGCCCUGUUUGUAGUGGCUAGAAGCUGGAAAAUGAAUGGAUGCCCAUCAAUUGGAGAAUGGUUGAGUAAAUUGUGGUAUAUGAACGUUAUGAAAUAUUAUUGUUCUGUAAGAAAUGACCAGCAGGAUAAAUACAGAAAGGAUUGGCGAGACUUACAUGAACUGAUGCUAAGUGAAAUGAGCAGAACCAGGAGAUCAUUAUAUACCUCAACAAUGAUACUGUUUGAGGAUGUAUCCUGAUGGAAGUGGAUCUCUUCGAUAAAGAGAGCUAAUUCAGUUUCAAUUGAUCAAGGAUGGACAGUAGCAGCUACACCCAAAGAAAGAACACUGGGAAAUGAAUAUAAACUGUUUGCAUUUUUGUUUUUCUUCCCAGGUUAUUUAUACCUUCUGAAUCCAAUUCUCCCUGUGCAAUAAGAGAACUCUUCGGUUCUGCACACAUAUAUUGUAUCUAGGCUAUACUGUAACCUAUUUAACAUGUAAAGGACUGCUUGCCAUCUCGGGGAGGGGGUGGAGGGAAGGAGGGGAAAAAUCAGAACAGAAGCGAAUGCAAGGGAUAAUGCUGUAAAAAAUUACCCUGGCAUGGGUUCUGUCAAUAAAAAGUUAUUAAAAAAAAAAAACAGGAAAAAAAAAAAAAGAAAGAAAGCUUUCCGUAUGAUUCUCUGAGCCUGUCAGAUUUAUUCUGUCACCUCUAUUCAAUCUACCUAUACAUUUUUUAUUUGAUUUGGAGUGGGAGGAGAGGAUGGUGGUUUGUUUCAUGUUAUUGGAUUCCCUUCUAAGCUCGACUUUAAUUAAAAUAUGAAUGUGUAAGA